UCGACGCGCAAUGUCCAGCCUUGCCAAGACCUGCCCCUAUUCUUCACCAAUGAACGGAACGGGCAAAUUUACAAGCGGUAUAAGCGUUACACUAUGGCCGAGACGGACAGUGACAGCUUGCGAACGAGAUGUUGACAAAACAUUGAAGAUCUGCUAAAUGCAACGUUGGCCCCCAAACGAGAAAGUCUUCGAUUCUACCGAAUCAGGUGUUGUAAAAACCGUUGGGAGUGAAGCUACCGGGAAGCUGGCGACAGAUAUUGGGGAAGACAGAUCUGCUUAUCGGAACUGCGAGCGAUAACGCACGAGCUCUUUGGAGUAAAGACUGAUUUAACGACCGGAAUAUAGGAAUAUGAAACAUGGAAACAGCAUCAUUCGCGAAACAGCCCGAGCUCACUCUUCAUCAUGUGCACUUAUUUGCCCUUUUUGGAAAAUAUUUAAUCCGGUAAUUGUAUGUGGUACACAGUAUUGUACACUAUUUACUAGUAUUGAGCUGUUUUUGUAAGUGAUUAUUUGUAGUGCAUCAUCUCACUCGGGAUAUGGAUAUUUGGACUUGGCUGCGUUGAAGGGACCCGCUGCCUGCCUGUCCAUCAUAAUGGAUCAAGAUGAUAACCAAGAACCUUUGCAUGCCCUUUACGGGCCUAACCGGAUGCGGCCGUCAUCGUACAGGGCACUGCGAAGUGCUGUGUCCAGCCUGGCAAGAAUCGAUGAUUUUUUCUGUGAAAAAAUCGGUUCCGGGUUCUUCUCAGAAGUGUUUAAGGUGCAGCACAGGAUCACAGGGCAGGUGAUGGCUCUGAAGAUGAACACAAUGGCCAGUAACAAAGCUAACAUGCUGAGAGAGGUGCAACUCAUGAACCGCCUUUGCCACCCCAACAUCCUCAGGUUUUUGGGUGUAUGUGUUCAUGAAGGACAGCUUCACGCUCUUACAGAGUACAUAAAUGGGGGCAACCUGGAGCAGCUGCUGGACAGUGACAUAUAUCUUUCAUGGACUGUGAGGAUAGAUCUCUCUCUGGACAUUGCAAGAGGGCUGCAAUAUCUACACAGCAAGGGCAUUUUCCACCGAGAUCUUACGUCUAAGAAUUGUCUGGUGCGUUGUGACAAUGGUGCUUUUACAGCUGUGGUUGGGGACUUUGGGCUGGCAGAGAAAAUCCCUGAUUAUAGUGAUGGUGUUGAAAAGCAACCCUUAGCAGUUGUGGGCUCCCCCUACUGGAUGGCUCCAGAAAUGUUAAGAGGAGAGCUGUACAAUGAGAAGGCGGAUGUCUUUUCAUAUGGAAUAAUCCUUUGUGAGAUUAUUGCUCGAAUUGAGGCUGACCCAGAUAUCCUCCCACGGACAGAGGAUUUUGGACUGGAUGUAGACACCUUUGGGCAUAUGGUGGGAGACUGUCCACCUUCAUUCCUUUGCCUGGCUGUCAAUUGCUGCAAUAUGAGUGCAGACAGUCGUCCCGCCUUCUCUGAAAUAGUAGUGACACUUGAGAGGAUCGAGAGAGAAAGAGUGAAGACUGAAGUUCCAGUCAUCCUAGAACCCAUUGCCAUUGACGUCAGCCCGUAUAGGAGAAGAAGCUCACCAUGCUAUCCUGGUGACCAGCGGCUAUCACGUAGUCAGUCAGACGUAUUGCCCCCUGCCACAUCACCAUGUUUAGGCACGCCUGCACGGGUCAACCCAUUCUCUCUUCGUCAAGACCUCAACGGUGGUCGCAUCAAGCUGUUCGACACCCCUAGCAAAUCUGUCAUCUCUCUUACCUUUACCCUUCCACCACCUCCAGACCCUUGUGCCUCCCCACCACUAAACAGGAGCCCGGGGCUCAGAGGACCCCCUCGAAGGUGUCGAUCCCUGCCAUGCACCCCCGAUCUGGGUCGACAGCCACUCUUACGGGACCAAGAGUACCGGAAAGAGGAAGAGGUGGAGAGAAAUAAAGAACUGGGAGAUGGAAUGAAAGAGAAAGAGGAGGAAGGACGGCAAGAUGCGGUGGAGGACUCAGGCCUGGUUCUGGACUUAGAAAUGGUGUCUUUAGAACGGGUAGAAGAGGAGGAGGAAGAGGUGGAGAAGGAGGGCCUGAGCCUCACAGAGCCCAUGGACUGUAGUAGUUCGCCUGACACAGCAGAAGGAAACGUGUCAGGAAAGCGGCUUAUUAGCGGUUCUUCUUAUUCCCCGUCCUUACAGUCCAAUGGUUGGGCUACGCCCAUCUCUAACGGACCACCGUUAUUACCUCCCCUUCCCCGUUUGGACAACAACAAUGGACUGCUGAGGCCUGGGCGGCCGUUUGCAUGGGCUAGACUGAAUGGAUACCGAGGCCCCGCCCCGGAGCUUUUGCCGCCCACUAACGAACAAGACGAUGUUAUGUCAUGUCCGGCCUGCUGUCUAGCUGGGUUCAGCUUCCCUUCCUUGUGCCUGCGUAGAGCUCCUCCCUCGCGCCGUGGACCCCCACGACGAACUUACAGGAACUUCAACAAAGGGGAAACGUCUGCAGCCACAGCAAAAGGACUGCUCUGUUGGGGAGCAACAGGUCUGGCUCCAUCCAGUACAACCUGUGAGCCAGGGUUACCUCUGCCAGAGGCCCAGACCUAAAGAUGACCACUGCAACAUCUCAGAAACUGCUCAAUAUUUACAAUGCAACACAGUCAGGCCGCAUCCCUGAUGUCAGUAUGGUUAUCUUACUGGAUGCAGUGUGGGUUGAAAUAGUGAAAUAGAGGGAUAGUUCACCCAAAAAAUGAAAAUUCUGUGAAACACAAAAGAUGUUCAGACAGUGGGUUAGUAAAUCAUUUUCUAGGGCUGCACAUUACAUCGAAAUAAAUUCGACUUUGCGAUAUGCCUUAGUGUGAUUGUCAAAUUGCGCAGGCUGCAAUUUAAUUAAAUAAAUAUAUGCACUACCGGUUUCAGACCGAAAGCAUGUGUGUAAAUUAACACAGUGCCACGCUUUACUCUGAAAAUGGCAGUGCAUAUAUUUAUUUGCUGGCAACUCGCCAAAAUAAAACCUUGAUAGUUUAAAGUAAAGUAACUUAUUUGCAUCUUAGUUACUUUGAAGUAACUAAGAUGCAAAUAUUAGUAUAAUAAUUUGAUGGUUUUACUAUAAAAUAGAAUUAUUUUUAUUAAAUACUCAUUUUUUUUAUUUUACAGUACAAUACUAUUAUUACCAUAUAUUAUUUAAUAAUAAUCAAUUAACAAAACAUGACAAAAACAGUGGGAAUGAGGCCAAUGCAAACUCAAGUGGAAAGAGAUCUGUUAGCUUUAUAGUUACUGAUACAGGUUUGAGUACGUUAUUGAAAACACCCAAAAAUUUUUUACGUUUUCCCAAAUUGUUCAGCCUUUAAAAGAAUGGUUCACACUCAAAAAAGUCUACAGAGUUUUAUUUUUUCAGCUUUUUAAAGGUGCAAUGUGUUCAUUUUAGGAGGAUCUAUUGACAGAAAUGCAAUAUAAUAUACAUAACUGUUUUCAGUGGUGUAUAAAGACCUUACAUACUGAACUAUUAUGUUUUUAUUACCUUAAAAUGAACCAUUUGUAUCUACAUACACCGCGGGUCCCCUUACAUGUUAAGUCAUAUUUCUAUAGUAGCCCUAAACAGACAAACUGCUCUACAGAGUGUAUUUGCUUGACCUGAAACUCUCUGCUGUUUCAGAUGACAACAUUUUUGUCCUGUGUUGGCUUCUCUAUAUUGCAAUUCGCAACCUCACCGCUAGGUGCCGCUAAAAUUUACACACUGCACCUUUAAAUUGUUUUUAUUUUCUAUGCAAAUGCACUCCCCUACAAAAUCACCCCAUUCAUUUUAAAUGAUAAAUUCUUUGCAAAUAUAGUUAUAUAAGUCAUCAGCUGAAAAUUUAAAAUCGCAAUAUAUAUCUUUUUUUGUGCAGUCCUGGAGUUUUCUGUUUUGAGUGAACUAUACCUUCAAAUGUGUGCAUAAGAUACACACAAGUUAAAAGUGAGAAAUGAAAGGCAUGCUGGUUCCAUAGUGCCAGUUCUUUAUCAUGGUCUUUUUUUAUUACUGUAAUUCAGAAUAACUUAUAUCAUCACUGUACAAUACUGUCUGCUUUUUAUUGGGUGCUCUUUUUGGCUCCAUAAAUGUUUGAUUGACUCAAAGCCACUGUGUUUAAAAUGAAAAGAAGAAAAAAACUGUGUUUAUAAUAAGGGAGACCUAUGUGAAAAUAGUGGCAUGUCAAGCAUUUUAAGUGUAUAUAUCAUGUAUUUAUUUAUUAGAUAAGCAUUCCUCUGAAAGACUGAGUGCUCUUCACUUUGCUGUGAGGGUGUGUGAUGCUGGGUUCUGCUGUCAGACAUUUGUUGAUACAUUUUUUGUGAUACACAUGUAUGUUUAGAUGCAGUGUAUGCAGUAAAUCAUGGUAAUUCUGUAAAAUGUACUGUUUAAUAGGAAUUUUUUUGAAAACGUUUGAGUUUUACACAAAUGAAGAUGUGUAGGAGUGCCUGUAGAGGAUAGCAGUAUUAAUUUUUUUAUUACCUCCCUCUAGUGGUCAGGAGGACACGCUCUUGUUAGAUCACUGCUGCUGUUGUUAUUUAAAAAAAACAGGUUCCUCUCACACUAGUCAUGUUUGAGGACAUUUACCUUCACGUUUGAUAUAGUUCAGAUUUUGGUGAUGUUCAAGGUAUGGAAUUGUAUUUAAAAAAGCAAAAGAGCAUCUUGCACAAAGUGUUUUCUGAUGCCACUGACAUUUACUCAUGACAGUUAUAUGACAUACCCCAACACAUGUCAACAAAUCUGCUUUGUGUUUCAGUCUGAGAAGAUUUUUGCAUUACUUUAUUAUGCAGAAUCUCAGACAGUCUGUAAUGCUGAAUUACACCUCAGAAAUACAUCCACUGAAUUUCCUCAUGCUUGUCAACGUACUUCUGCUUAUGAGAUGAGCUUAGGAAGUUUCUGCAUGCUGAGUACUGUACAAAAGAGUGAUCUGUACAUAUUAAUGCAUGACAAUAGGCAAGAAGCUGUCUAGCACAUUAAAACUUCCCUUCAUACUGGCAUCAGAGGUGAAGAUGUCUCAAGGCGUUUUGUCUUAUUCUGAUCUGAAUUCAGAUGAGAUAUGAAUGCAAUAAGUGCUCUUGAUUUAAGCAGUAAGUUAUAUUUCUUAUAGUUUGGCGAGUGAAAUGUUGAAAUGAAUUAACUUGUUAUAAGUUCUUGAAAAGUAUGUUUUCUAUACUAAUCUGUGAAUUAUAGAAUUGGGCGAUAAAACUUAGAAAGCUGAUAAUGAAAUAUAUAGUUUUCCAUGCACACAAGAGAACUGUAAUAUAUACAGCACAGACAUUGAGAACUUGCCUCCUUUCUGUCAGUGAUGAAGUGAUGUUAUAGCAGAUGGGGCAUGGAUGGAUUUGUAAGGUCCAUGUUACUGUAUAAAGAUCUGUUUCUUUCUAAGGGAGAACCUCUUUCUCUGAAAACAAAGCACUUAUUACUAUGAUUACUGUUUUUAGUUCUGGGGAACAGCAGCUUUAAUACAUGUCAACGAGUUGUUAUUUAUGAAAAUGUCAUGAAAUAAAAAAAGAUUGAAUGUAGAAACUCA